AUGGCCUCCACCGUUCUCAUUUUCUCUGCAUCUCUCAUUGCAUUGUUCUUGUUCUCCUUGACUGGUGUUAAUGCAAACGCUGGCAGUAAUGUGUUCAGCAUGCAGAGCUACGGGGCUCGUGGAGAUGGACUCCACGAUGACACCAAGGCUUUGCGAGAUGCCUGGGCUGCAGCUUGCUCCUCUGCAAAACCUGCAGUUUUGCUCAUCCCCAAGGGCAAGAAAUACCUCAACAGGCACACAAUAUUGUCUGGUCCAUGCAAAUCCAACAUCGUACUGAUGAGUAAUUUGAUGGCUUCUCCGAAGAGGUCAGACUGGAGCAAGGAGACUAUAAGACAUUGGAUCUUGAUCAGUGGUGUCACUUCCCUAACUAUCACCGGCGGUGGGACCAUUGAUGGAAAUGGCAAGAUUUGGUGGCAAAAUUCAUGCAAAACCAAUUCAAAUCUGCCAUGCACAGAAGCUCCAAUGGCACUGACAUUGCACGCCUGCAAGAACCUGAAAGUGGAGGACCUGAAGGUGGUGAACAGCCAACAAAUCCAAAUUUCUGUGGAGGAUUGCACCGAUGUGAAGAUGUCUCCCGUAUCGAUCACAGCACCGGAAACCAGCCCAAACACGGACGACAUCCACAUCACACGCAGCAGAGAUGUUCAGGUGAUGGACUGCACGAUCAAGACCGGAGACGACUGCAUGUCGAUCCAGGACAGAACCGAGAACCUACAUGUCAAUAACAUGGUGUGUGGGCCCAGGCAUGGCAUCAGCAUCGGGAGCUUGGGCGAUCACAACUCUGAAGCUCAUGUCAGCAAUGUCACCGUCGACAAUGGCAGGCUGUACGGCACGACGAAUGGAGCUCGCAUCAAGACAUGGCAGGGAGGGAAGGGUUCUGCCAAGAACAUCGUGUUCCAGAACAUGGUCAUGGACAAUGUCUGGAACCCCAUCAUCAUCGACCAAAAUUACUGUGACUCUUCUACACCUUGCAAGCAAUAGAAAUCUGCAGUGGAGGUGAGUGACGUGCUAUUUAAAAACAUCAGGGGCACAAGUGCAUCAGAGGAGGCCAUCAUGCUUCAUUGCAGCAGCAGUGUGCCUUGCCAUGGCAUAACCUUGGAAUAUGUCAAGCUCACUGUCAAGGGAGGUAGCAACGAUGUGAGGAGCACCUGUCAGAAUGCAGAAUGGAAGAAAUCUGGGAGUGUUAGUCCACAGCCAUGUAGUUUCAAAAAUUGAUCUGAAUCAGCUAGUAACACCAUUCCAAGUGGAAAAUGCAGAGGAGCAGAUCUUUACAGAAGAAUAUAGGGGGCCCAAGAAUAUAUAUAGAAUAGGAGGGAAAAUAUGUAUCGGAUACUACAUCUUAGGGAGGCCCUGAAAAGAGAGCGUAGAUGCAGAGUAGAGCAACUGGAGCUCUUGUAUUGUG